GGGCUCCGCCGGGGCGCGACGUCACUUCUGGCGGUGCCGAAUGAAAUGGCGAGUGGCGGUGGCGGUGGUGGCGGCGGCGCGGGGAAGAUGACGGAUAAAGAGAAGAAGAAGAAGGAGAGCAUAUUGGACCUCUCCAAGUACAUCGACAAGACCAUCCGGGUGAAGUUCCAGGGCGGGCGGGAAGCAAGUGGUGUCUUGAAAGGAUUUGACCCUCUUCUGAACCUUGUGCUGGAUGGUACCAUUGAGUAUAUGCGAGAUCCAGAUGAUCAAUUUAAAUUAACAGAAGACACACGUCAGUUGGGACUUGUGGUUUGCAGAGGGACUUCUGUGGUUCUGAUUUGUCCACAGGAUGGAAUGGAAGCUAUUCCAAACCCUUUCAUUCAGCAGCAAGAUGGCUAAUGCUUCCUUUGGAUUGUCUCUGAAAACUUCAGGAGUGCAAGUCAUGGGAGAAAAUUGUCAAUGUGUGAGAAGCUUCCUGUUUUGGGGGGUAGUUUGAAUGUGUAUUUGUUAGUGUAAAAAAAGUCAACUUUUAUUUUUGUGGCUUUAAUAGAUGAUGAGAAGAUGGGGAAUGUAAGAAGUAUGUUCUUGUUUUCCUUCCACCCCCAAAUAAGUGUGCAACUAUGUUGUUUAGAGCUGACAGAAGAUAACAUAUUGUCAUGAAUUGUCUGAGACCUUCUUGAUCUUGUGAGUUUUGAAACAACCCCAUAAAAUUAGUUAAGAAUGCCCUGAAUAUUGGUUAUAUUCUUUCCAUUUUAAAUACAUUUAAAUGUAUUUAAUCCAAAUUAAAAACCUAAAUACAAUAAAGCAUGUUUUUCUUCCUCUUAGAUAUCAGUACUCAGCUGGGGAAGCAUUAUGUUGUAGUCUUCUGCUGUUGAGUUCAGUCUCUUUUGUGCAGGAAUAUUACUUCCUUGUGUAGUGUCACCACCUUUACAAGGGAUGUAGCCAAGAGGGUCUUUUUCAGCACGUGUUCCAGAACUGGUGGGCUGUGAUUUGUGCAUCAGCAGGCUCACACAUUUCUACAGGAUUUCUUGGAAUUUUAGGGGAAGAAUAUUUAAUACCCUAACAUUUGUUCAAUUGUAGGCGGUGUCUGGAAGAACUGCAUAUUUUUAUAUUGUAGCUAGCCACAUGUGGUUUUGCUUGUUAUAACUUGAUUUGUAAGUAAACAUUUUUAUUUCUUUUAUACUGCAGAAAAUUCAAGAUUUGAGGAGUUUUGAGUGAAUAAAAACAAAUUAAUCUGUUUGUAAAUGUCUGGUUUUUAGUCUGUAAAAGUGCACUGCAGCUGACAUUACAGUUCUCCAGUCAUAAAUCUAAAUUAAAUUAGCUGAGGUGGUGCAUAAACACUGCAGGAUCCGGAGGGACCAGAGCAGAAGCAUGCUUCAAACAGUUGAUGGGAAAGGCCUGAGUGCGUCUUGUCCCUCUUCUGAGGCAUUUUAAAGACUGCUUCUGCCACCUGCUCUUGGCUUUAUAGAGGACCCUUUAUGAGGAGGCUGUGAACAGAGUGACUUGUUUUGCUGGCAGUAUUGUUCCUGAAGGUUGUCAAGAACACAUGGCAAGUACAGAUUGGAUUGGUUAUUUUGGCCACAGCAUUGUUCUCCCAUGCAUAGCCUUUCCUGGGUCAGUUCCAAAAUGGGUGGGUGCUAUGAGUCAACUCCAGUUUGGUCAAUCUGACUUCUAGGACGCUCUGAAACUGGGGACCGGGUGUCUCAUGUGAUAUAUUGCCUGUGGGAAGUUGGGUGUGUCUGGAUUUUAAUCUGGGGGCCCACAUAGCUGUCUAUAAAGUUACGUUACUCACAACCUAGUUUCUUUCUAAUACUACAAAACUUUCUGGUGAAACUGCACAAUUCAAAAGGGAAUCCUUAUUUAGAGUGUGAGGAGUAGAAUUUCUUGCCAUCAGCCUGAGCAGAGUUUUGAACUGUUCUUUAGGUGGGUGAAAGAUUGCUGCUGUUGAUGCUAAAAACAUGUUGCACUAUCUUUAUGCUCUAAGUAUAGCAUCAGAAGCAGACCUGCUGGGGCUCUCUGGGGUAGGUUCUGGACUCUCAGUGCUGGGAGAUGUGCCUGGAGCCAUGGGUCAAGUGUGUAAACUGGAGAGGGGCACAUUCCCAACAUUUCCUGCUCAGGUGGUUGGUUGCUUGGUCAUUGUUGUGAGCUGCAUAUCUCCUUUUCUGCAGCACAGACUUUGAGGUUAUACUUGGAAGUGAAGUACCUGAAGAAUAUGAAAAUGAUAGGGGACGGACAUUUUAGCAGGCCCUGUUGUGACAAGAUAAAGCGUAAUGGUUUAAGCUAAAAGAGGGAUGAUCCAGACUGGAAAUAAGUUUUAUGAUGAGCAUGGAGAGGCCCUGGCACAGCUUCUGUUUGCUGAGCUCUGCCAAGAACUGGGAGUGAGUCUUGCUGGUAUGGGCUCUUUGGGUAAGGGACUCUACUUCAAGGUCACUAUGCAAAUCUCUUCAUGUUUUCCCUUUGGAAAAAAUCACUAUGGCAUUAGCUGUUGCUUGUCCUCCAUCUGUAUUUAUUUAGUGCAUUUAGAUUGAGCAUGACUGAACAUGGGAAACCAUAUGGGUUUGAAUGGGGGCUUACUUCGUCUUCUCAUACUGAAGUGUAAAGUUAGUUACAUAAUAGAAACUGUAAUCACUUUGGUAUUUGAUUAAACUUGAACUAAUGAAAGAUGA